GGCUCCCAACGGAAUCGAUUCGGUACCGCGAUCUUAACCAAGUCUUGACCACUCCCCAUUCCAAUCUCGCACUAGGAGACAAGAUGCUGAGCCGCCGCAUGUUGACAAAGGAGGAGGAGGAGGCGAUGGGCGACGAAGUCGAGGUGCGCCGCGAGGACCAGGACAAGAUCAACAAGUUCAGCCGCCUGCACCAGCGCGAGCUGUCAUUAGUAGAAGAGUUGAAGGCAAAAAAUAAAGAAAAGGAAGAGCUGGACGACAUUACGACCGAGCUGGAGCUUGCGGACGAGGAGGACACUGUCCCCUACAAAAUCGGCGACGCCUUCUUCCACAUCCCGCUCGCACAGGCGCAGGAACUGCUUGGCAUCUCGACGGCCAGGCUCGAAGAGGAGAUUGGGGAGCUCGACGACAAGCUGGACAGAAUCCGCGAGGAGAUGACGCAGCUGAAGGUGGAACUGUACGCAAGAUUCGGGAAAACCAUCAACCUCGAGACAUGAUGAGACGAAUGGACCGUCCUUCCCAGGCUGGCGACCCCCCCUUCCCUGGCAAGAGACGGUGAUGCAGCCGCGCACCCGCCACUACACUAUAUCGGCAGCCGCCACAAGAAUGUGCGUUUCCGGGAGGCUCCGGCGGCCAACAAGAGAAUGGCGCAAACAAACAGAAAGCUCUGGUGUCAUUCGCUCGGAGGGGCAGCGUCCCGCCCCUUUGGAAAGGCGACCAUGCUCCUUGGAGCUCAGACACAUCCACAUAGGCGGCCCCUCCUUGAAUUCCACCUUCACAGCCGAGGAUCUUCCAAUGAUCUUUUCGAGAGUCGCGGGAUUUCCGCUAUUUGGUUAGCUUGAGCUGCACCCGAUGC